AUGAUAAGUAGAUGGAAAGGAAGAUUUUGUGACCCAUGCCCUGAAAGGCAAUACCAGGCAGGACCAAAUCGCUCUCAGCAAUGUGAACCCUGCACCUUCUGCCUUGAGAACAGUGAAUUGGUAUCAGAGUGCACAAAGACUUCCAAUGCUAUAUGUCAGUGUCGUACAGGAUUCAUUAGAAGGAACGAUGAGUCUUCGAUAUGCAAGUGUGCCAAGGGGUCUGAGCAGGAUACAUCAGGAUUAAUAUGCCGUGAAUGUAAGGAGGGAUCCUUUACCACCAAAAUGGACUCUAAAUGUGUGAAAUGGCGAGAGUGUAGGAGUGGAGUGAGGAUUCCGGGCAGUGCGACAUCAGAUGUGACCUGUAAUGAUAAUUCAGAGCCAGAGGGGAAGACCCUCUCCUCCACACACACCACUUCCCCAUCUGGCUCCAUCCAGACCUUUUCUAAGUCAUUGAUCCAGAGCCAAAGGUCAUCCCCUCAUCCUGAUGUCCCCACCUUAACACCAGCCCCCACUAUCAAGGUGACCAAAAGUCCCAAGUUCUCAACGGCAGACUUUGGCCAAYUAAUGACACUCAUCGGAACUGUCCUGCUGCUUACUUUUCUACUUACCACUGUGACCUGCAAACUGAUCACCAUUCCUUGCAUCAAGGACCACAAUAAGCCAGCUGUCAGAACAUCUCAGGACUCAAUGUGCCGGAGGCCAGAUUGA